GCGGCCUCCGCGCUUCCGGUAUCCUGAGCUUCUAGGUUUGAAUCCUGCUUCUGGGCGCUGUAAUUGUCCCAACGCCGCUGGAAUCAUGGUGUUCUACUUCACCAGUAGUAGCGUUAACUCGUCUGCUUACACUAUUUACAUGGGAAAGGAUAAAUAUGAAAAUGAAGAUCUGAUCAAGUAUGGCUGGCCUGAAGAUAUUUGGUUUCAUGUGGACAAACUCUCUUCGGCUCAUGUGUACCUUCGAUUGCAUAAGGGAGAGAAAAUAGAAGAUAUUCCAAAGGAGGUGCUGAUGGACUGUGCCCAUCUUGUGAAGGCCAAUAGCAUUCAAGGCUGCAAGAUGAACAAUGUCAAUGUGGUGUACACCCCGUGGUCUAACCUGAAGAAGACGGCCGAUAUGGACGUGGGCCAGAUUGGCUUUCACAGGCAGAAGGAUGUGAAAAUUGUGACAGUAGAGAAGAAAGUGAAUGAGAUCCUGAACCGAUUAGAAAAGACCAAAAUGGAGCGGUUCCCGGACCUAGAGGCAGAGAAAGAAUGCAGAGACCGUGAAGAGAGAAAUGAGAAGAAAGCCCAGAUUCAGGAAAUGAAAAGGAGAGAAAAGGAAGAGAUGAAAAAGAAGAGGGAGAUGGACGAACUUAGGAGCUAUUCGUCACUAAUGAAAGUUGAGAAUAUGUCUUCAAAUCAGGAUGGCAAUGAUUCAGACGAAUUCAUGUGAAUGGAGAAAAGGACCUUUUAAAGAUGUGAAUUUGGGGCAGUGUGCAGCAGUUUUCAUUUCAUCUGUGUUCUGAGUCAUAAAAAAACAACCAACCAAAAUUCUGCCUUCAUAAUAUUCUACAAAUAUUACCAACUUUGGAGUUUAAAAAAAGUGUUUCCUUUUUUGCUGUCAGAAAAGGAUCAGAUGAAUAUAUAUAUAUGUAUAUAUAAAUGUGUAUACAGUAUAGUUGGACUUUAAGACAGCAUAUAACUUUAGGAAAGUGAAAAUAUUUUUGCCAGAACAUGCCUUGGAACCUCACGAAAGUUGGCCGCCCCUGUUCUUGGAAUAGACUCUAGAACGAACCAACUCUGGAAAGUAUUUCUAUUACUGCAGUCUGUCCUGAAAACAGAUGUCUUGAAAAGCUCCUCAUAUUCUUAAAAUAGUCUCAGUUCUAUUAAGAAGAACGUGUUGAUGAGCAAUAUAAGCGAAUGUUCCUCUCACCCCUGACUUCCUGAUUAAGGGAAAAAAAAAAAGAUAAUGGGUUUUGAAGUGAUCGUGAUAUUUUCAGAAGAUAACUGGCUUCAGUGGUCAUGUCCCAUAGUGCCGUCCGAGUUUGUUAAUGGAUCUGCCCUCAUCUCUCAGAUUCUCCAAGCUUCCACCUGCUACAUCCUUCCUUUUCCCAUUGAGAGCCUCCACGCAGGCACCAUUAGACUUAAGAAAAAGAAUAGUCAGUGUUAAUCAGGGUUGGGCCUUAGGUCUGUUUUUACCUGAGCCCCAAGUUGUAUAUUAUAGCUUCCGGCUCCAGAGUCAUUUCUCAGCAUUGAGGGAAGAAACAGGAAGGAGUGCUUUGUGAAUUCCUCUGAAGAUGUAGGUUACCUGAUUUCUGUCUUGGGAUGUAGCAUAAAGCCCGAGUCUAUUUGGCAGUUGUGGUUUAGAAAGACUUAGGCAUUUUCACUUGCCAGCCAAGUAGUUUGUUAUUUCCUUUGAAAUAAUAUUUAUUUUGAGUGGUAAUCCCAGAGUUCAGAUUCCUCAGUUGUAGACUCAGUAACUUAAUAGGUUAACAGUCCUGCUCAUCUGAACCACCUGCCUUCUAGGGUGAUUCUGAAUAGAAGAGCGAUCUCUAUGACAACCUGUAAGGCAACCGCUAUGGAAAGAGACAAAACAAUGAAGAGGAAAGACACAGUGUCUGUGGGUCAGAAGGCAGAGAGGUUCACACUUUAACCACACCCAGAAGUCUUCAGCUCUGUUCCAACCCAGCAAAAGCGCCUCCUCCAACAGAUAUUCCACCUCUAAUAGUACUUUGGAACAGAGGGUUAAACCACAAGACUUCAGCGUUUCUGUUUAUCCCGAGUUGGUGUGUGGGGUUGAACUGGAAAACAUCUUGGGCCAAAUUUUGAGAGAGGGUGCAGAAGAUAACUGCAUAGAUUAGUGAUUAUCUGUGUAUAUAUGUCUCAUGAUAGCCUGGAAUUCUGUGAGUUGGAAAUGUAACAAUAAAGACUCAUGUUUUAUUUGGGAGGACACUAAUCCAUAACUUCUUAGAAUGUGCUUGUUAGUUCCCUCCCCAAGCUGGUUCUUAGGGUGAUCAGGCUGUGAAACCCUUCUCUGUCAUGUGGGCUUAAUCUGACAGGUUCUACAGGGGUGAUCUUCCUCCCUCACUGACAGAUGUGUCUGUCCCAGAUGCCCAUGGGGUCCAGAGUGGACGACCUUUCUCAGAUACCUUCUUGAUUGAGUGUAACUCAGCAACUGUGCUUCUUCAGUCAGAUAGCCCUCCCACCUGGUUACUGUAAAUGAACUGCUGCAGAUGUCUAUAGAGUGGGGAGACCACCUCUGGCAUUGCCUGUGUAACCUCAUCUCUGCCCCACGUUACAGCAUAUACAGGGAGAACUUUGGAAGAAUACAUCUGUUUUUACUGUAGCGUGAGAGAUCCUGGGGUCCACAUGGUAAACUCUUAGCUGACACUGGUUUCAAAUCCUUGGCCCUCAACCCUUUACAGCUGCUCUUUGCUGAUCUCCCCCCCUUCCCUCUCUUUCUGUGUGAUAGGCGGGGUUUUUGACCAGCUCCCCUGGCCCCAGAGGAAGCAUCCUCCUUUUCUUCUGAGAACAUUGGCUCAGUGCCAACAGGUCAAACUGUUGGCAUUUAAGGCAUCUCAUUUCUGGCUAUUGGCAUGUUUCCUCAACUUUUUAUAGGAAAAUUCCAGAUUGUUGACAUUUUUAUGAGCUGUGCCCUUGAUCAAAUCACACAGCAUGAGCAUUUCUCUUUUCCACUCCGCCUCCAGUUUCCCCACUCUGAUCUGUGUGCAGGUGAGGGUCACAUGAUGGUUUACUUAACAAACUGUCGUAUUCCUGUAGCUUGAGAAUUUAUUUCUUAUCCACCUUUUUUGACCCGAUGUUGCAGUCUUUUGGGCAAGGGAAGUUUGUCACAGUGCGUGGGGUAGAACAGACUUUAGGAAGUUUACCAAAACAGGGACGGUUUUGACCUUUGCAAAGUAGGCGCUCAGCUGUGGUGGAGCCCCUUCAGUAUCUGUUUUUGCUGCUGUGCUGUGUUGAACAUCGUCUAAAGCCCCGAUUUUGGUGAACCUUUGAACUGUUCACUGCCAGUGGUCCCCCUGCUUGUGAAGGAAGGUGUGAGGCACACAGGUAGCAAGAUUAGAGAGGGAAGAAGGCUCUGGCCUCUUGUUUAAGACCAAAGCUGUUCCCACAUUUGUAUCCAUCAGAGACGGGAAGCUCUCGUCUUCCAGGCCGGAACAGGUUAUGGGAAAAACUGAGCAGGAUGGAGAAAGGGAACACUUUCCAAUUUUUCCUGACUUGUGGUCUUGAGGCCUGCUUUUCUCUGUUUGAUUUGAAGGACAGCGUGGUGAAUAAUAAAUCCCACACUCAGAAUGAUCACAGUAGAGAGAGUGGGCAGCAUCUUGAUUCUGAAGUAGGCUGGGAAACAGUCCAGCUGUACUCAGCAGUGUAAAAUUAGAAACUUCAGUUCCAAGCCAAAUGUCCAUCUCAACCCAUCUAACUCCAGGGAGCAUGUGAGAGCUGGGAAAUGAGGAUAGCACAUCCAGUACCCCAGCAGGCCACCGUUCAAGGUGGGCUUCGUGAGCGCUCUUUCCUGCCUCGUGCACCUGGGCCCAGCAAAGGGCAAGUGACUUGUGUGCAUUACGUCAUUUCACAUUGAGUAUGAACGAUGCCACCCAUAUACUCGUCAUGUUCUGGAUGAGUGACAUAUAAAAUAGAAUAAAAGCUUAUAGUUUGAGAAGAA